CUUGAAGAUUAUGAAAGCAAAUGAAACCUGUAAGAUAGCUUUUAGCAAUGAUGGCCAAAGUAAGGACUCCUGCAAUGAUGGGAAGGCACUCCGAAACACAUAGCACUCAUACCUGCACAUCCCAAACUUCUCAAAUUAUGAUGUGGGGGUCUACAAGUGUGAGUCCGUUUACACUGGAGGAAACGAAGACUAUGAGAUCCACGUGGCUAUCACAGUUCCUCCCAGUAUAUCAGCCUGGUUAGAGCGUAAGGACAACAAGAUGGUGGCAGUGUGCAAAGCUGAAAGAGGAAAACCUGCUGCCAACAUCAGCUGGAGUCAUAGAGGAAACUCAUCAUCUGUGGAAACACUACUUGACUCACAUGGGUUUUUUACAGUAGAGAGUCUUCUGGAGCUUCCAGAGGGAAUGGAUACAGUAAACCUGAGCUGUGCUAUCAGGCACCCGUACUGGAAAAGGGAGAAGACUUUGGUACCAGAGCCCAAAAAAGGUUAUAUUCCUUGGCUGCGCGUCGUCCUUAUUGUUGUGGUGAUCAUUGUGUUUUUGGCAGGAGUGUUAUUUUUUGCACAAAAGAAAUUAAUAACGUUGAGGCGAUGCCAGCAGUCAGACAGCUCCCCAUCCAAAUCUCCACCGACAGAGGAUGUGGAGGAAGUGGAGCCCUACCCUAACCCUACCUGAGGAACUGUUCUGCCAUCUACUGGUGGAAAUCAGAAUAUAAUCCAUCAUCAUCAUAAUCAUCAUCAUCUGUAUAUGAUAAAAUGUCUGAAUGCUAAUAAUACAUACUUCUAGAACUGCUGAAA